AUGAGGAUCAUUGUCGCGUUGACACGACUUUUUGAUACAUGCCAAUACCAUGCCGCAUACGUCGCAAUUACGAAGACGCGUUCGCGCUACACGUGGCGCUGUCUCGUUGAUCGGCGCGUCUUCGUCUUCUACUCUCUGGUGAUUGCAGAUGGGACCAGAGCGAUGUCAAUAGAUCCUCUCUCCACGUGUAUUGUGGCCAAGAGACAAGAUGAUUAA